CAAAUAUGAUUUCGAUGUCUCGGAUGCCUCUAUAGUUCAACAAUUGUUAUGACAACCUCCUUGGCACAGUGAAGUUACAGUGUGUCUUCACCCUUAACUCACGCAUUGCGUAAAUGGAUAAUGCGUGUGAUCCUGCGCAUUCAGGACGUCAUGUCAGUCGCAUUUGAUUCUCGAUCGCAGCCCGUGCCUAAGUGGUCCAAGUUCAACAUGCGUUGCCAGCUCCUGCUCCUCUGGCUUGCGUUGUCCGUGGUGCCGAACACGUACGGACACGCGAGGACCUUCACACGAUGUCAGCUGAUGAGAGAACUACUCCGGUACAACUUUUCACGAACAACUGUACCUUACUGGGUGUGCCUGAUCGAACACGCCAGUGGAAGAACAACGGAGAAAGUAACCAACCACAACAAUUCCUACACCAGCUUUGGACUAUUUCAGAUAAACAACAAAGAAUGGUGCAAAAAGGGAAGGAAAGGAGGCCGCUGUCAUAUUAAGUGCGAAGAUCUCCUCAAUGAGGACCUCGCCGAUGACGUGCGCUGCGCCAAAAACAUCUACGGCAGAGUCGGCUUCAAGGCCUGGCCCGCCUCCUUCGCCUACUGUAAAGAAAAAAGCCUACCUGAUUUGUCUAGGUGCUAGGUAAUAGUUUAAGUACUUUGUACAACUGACGAUAGAUUUUGCCACAGUCACUGCUGGCAAAACUGCUGACUGGUAUUUUCAUGACAAUUCACAAAUAUCUGGAUAAUCCUCGGCUCCGUCGUUCAUCACUGAUAUCUGGAAUAGACUGAUGCAAAACCUAUUUUCUAAUUGACAAAUAGUGUGUAUCUAUAUGCCACGCAUCUGUGCGAGCGACCAUUGUGCCUCUGGUCAUUUAAUAAAUAUAUAAAUUUUAGUUAUGCGCUUACACACUGUUGUAAAGCUUUUGAUAGAACUCACACAAACAAAAAAAUCCUGUCAUUCAUUCAUUGAUUUUUGGAAUAUUAGAACCAACAGUUUUUGCUUUCAGUGUGAAGAUUUUUUGGCAAUUCAAGUUCGGUCUCAAUAUUCUCCAUUACUCAUUUCCCAACACGAAUUUUAUUUUCAUUCAUACAAGUAGUAGUAGUAUUUCAAUGGAAGAAUCCGUUUGAAUAUUCACUUUUUUAUACGUUAAGAUUAAGUUUAAGAUUAAGAAUUAGUCAUAAGAUGAAAUAUCUCAUCUUUCAACAAUAAAUGUACACCUACAUGCUCCGAAACAGAUGGUCACUGGUCCAAAGUUAUGAAUGAAAACAAAGAUCUAUUUAAAACCCGAUUCAGAAUUGUAGACCAAAAAGGUUUGGAGCCAGUAGGUGUAUAAAUUAUACGAAGGAAUGUUUUCUUUAUGAUACCUACGGUUAG